UGAUAAAUUAGGUAUGAAAUACACUAAUUAAUCGAGUACGAGUCAGUCUUAUUCAAUGAUUAGGUAUGAAAUACACUAAUUAAUCGAGUACGAGUCAGUUUUAUCAAGGAGCGGCAGAAACAGUGACUCUAGUUUCUCCGAUUCCACUCCGAAUGAAAUAAUGCCGCGAUGAGACAAUUCACUGGGAAUGUCAAAGUCAGCAGAGAGCUUCCUUACUCUGCUAGUAAUCGCUAAUCUGUAAAAACCCCCAUUUUCUCACUUCUCAACAACAAACACCACGCCUUCACACUCUCACAACCUUCAAGAUUCCCUUCUUCAAUGCUUCUUCCCCCUUAAUAAAUUAAAAUUAAAUUCACCCCCUUUUUCUCUCUCUUCAUCUGGGCACUUUCGUCUGCUGGUUUUUCUUCCUUUGGUUAUUUGUGUAGGGGCUCUCUUAAAAGACCAGCUUAGUAAUGUGCUUAAACACAUUUCUCUUGGGUGCUAUUCCUUAUAAAUUCUAGGUCAUUGAGUGCUCGCACUUUCUCGUGUAUUGUGCAUUGGUUUGUGUAGCCCAGUAAUUUUGCAUACUAAGUUAAAAAAUGGGAAAGGGAGGUCUUGCAAAUGGUAAGGGACAUGAUGAAAGGGGAAAGAAUGGAGAUCUGGAUAAACAGUCCUAUGCUGAGUUCAGACCAGGAGACAUAACGUGGAUCAAGCUUCGUGGAACUUCAUGGUGGCCUGCGCAAAUUGUGGAUGGGAAUGCAGUAAGUGAUAAUGCUAAACCUCGCAAGGGAAAAAGUGGUGAAGUUCUUGUGCGCCUAUAUGGAACAUAUAAGUACCUGCACAUGGACCCUGUGAAAAGUCUCUUGGAGUUUACUAAUGUACUAAAGCGAAAUAAUAGUACUCAAAGGGAGAUGUUUAAGAAGGCUUUGGAUCAGGACCUUUCUGAGUUACAAUCUGGGAGAACCAACACACGGAAGGUCAAGGCCAAAGGGAAUGACAGUGUACACAAGGAAAAACCAGUAUCUUCUAAAAGAGGAUUUGAAGAGCACGAUGAUGACACUCCUAAAAAGCCUGAUGGAAGUGCUCGGAGAUUGAAAGUAAUGCAGGAUCUUGGCCUCACAGCUCCUUCCGGUUCACCCUUUCUAAAAAAUGGUCAGGUUUUAUCUGUUGUGAAGUGAACUAAAUAAUUGCAAUCAAGGUACCGUUUUGUAACCAUUGUGGAAAUCCUGGACCUUUUUCUCAUCUUCCAUGCUUUUGGCAAGCAAUUUUGCCUCUUUGGUCUUGCCCUUCUCAUUGAUGAUAGUAUAGAAGUAAAUAGUAAAAGAAAUGUAGAGAAAUUCUUGGGAACUUUUGAUGAACCUGGAGUUGAUUGGUCAUGGCAGUUCUGAUGUUAGUCUCCGUCUUCAUUAUCCUUUCUUUCUUCCUCAUCAUUGUUAUAGUGAUUGAAUUUCUUAUUUGGUAGUGUUAUUCUAAUCUCAAGCAGUUGUUGGCGAUCUCUCUGAAAUUUGCAGUGCUUGGUGAGAAUAACCAGGAGAGCAAAGGAUUGUAGUUAGCUUUGAUAGGGGCAUUUGAGCUGUAUUAUUCUAUUCAUUUAGCAGCCUUUUGUUGUAGAACAACCAAAGAGUGAAAUGCUUCCAUUGAUGAAAGUUUAGUUGAUGUCUAACAUCUUAAUUAAUUUGUUUUUUUUUCUUUUCUUUACUGUUCAAUGACACAGCGUUUUUGCCUCAUCUGGCUUGUACUUCUGCAAACUUUCAAAUACUAAAGGUUUAGAAAAA